AUGUCUGCUAGUAAUGAGAAGAGCACUCCAAAAAUCUACCAGUAUCAUUCAUCACCAAAUGGAGAGUGGCUUGAAAAUUUGGUGUCAUUGGGAAGUGAGCAACACAAAACACACACAAGACUAAUUGUGAAAAUGACUGGCUCAGCUGCGCAGUGGAAGCAAUUCGCAGUCGUCGAUAACAGUGGGAACAUCAUUGCCUCCGUCAACUUAAACAAGAAACCUCCCCAACCAUUCUGUUGCUUCGAAAGUGAACCGGAUAUGGGAUUGUUCGGAGAAUACGGAAUAAUUUCUGACCCGAUUGAAGUGAUUGAUUCUAGAACACUGCGGAUCCCGAGAUUUUCUUACAAAGCUUCACAGACUCCAGGUACUGAUAGAAAAGAGACUAGACAUAUGCGAUUUUUCAGACGUGCUUGCCCAAUGCUAAAAGAUAUCACCGAUCAGACUAUGACUGUACGGUUGGACCGCUCUCAGACAAUCUAUGAUAUUGAAUGGAUCAGUGUCUUCUGUUACAAGUACUCGCAUGAUUUUGGGCACCUGGACAUGGGAUUGGUUGAGAAUGAAGAACAGGUCCCACCUUACAUUCCUGAUGUGAGGACGUCGGAACCACCAAGAAUCUCACAAAGAUGUUGA